UAAGCUUGUAUCGAUUGGGUUAAAUAGAACCAAAGGUUUAAAUAAAAUCUUUUAUUGUUCCUCCACGGACCAGGACCCGGACCGAACCAUGCAACGCUCUCGCGCCAGUAGCACCAGCAGCGGCCGGCAACCGGCUGCGGCGGGAACAGCAACACAACAGCGCCAGGUGCAGCCCCUGGAGGCGCCCAAGAUCAUCGUGAUCCAUCCGGGGUCACAGCACUUGCGCAUAGGCCGGGCGGCUGACCUCAAUCCGCUGACACUGCUCCAUGCAGUGGCUUACCGGCGGUGGCAGCAGGAAGGCGACUGGCCGUACCACGAUCCCCUGCUACCGCCGCUGGACAACAUCAAUCCCGCCCGGCUGCAGGUUGAGUUUGAGGAGCAACGCCUGGCCGUGUCGCGCAUCCUACAGCACUGCGUUGUGGAUGAGAAGAACCGCCUGCGCGUGGCCACGCCGCCUCAGCAGCUGGCCCACUUCAAUCGAAGCAGCAUGGCCGAGAAAGUGCAACCUCCGCACCCGGAGGAGCAGCCGUGGGUGGACCGCGAGGCUCUAGCCUUGUUCGAUGACCAAAUCUUGCGGUUAAGCGCCUUCGAAGCGCGUGACUACGACAUCCACUUCCCCAUGCAGAGGGGUGAGCUGAAUAUACACAAGGAUAAGGGUGGAUCUCUGCAGGCUAAUCUACAGCAUAUGGAACGCAUCUGGGGCUACGCCUUAGAGGUGCGCCUAAAGAUACCACUGCGCGACCUGGGUACUCACUGUGCCGUUCUGGUGGUCAACGAUGUCUAUGUACGUCGGCAUCUGCGAGAGUUUAUGACCCUGCUGUUGCAGCGCCUGGGCUUCCGGUGCUGCUUCCUUGUCCAGGACAGUGUGGCCUCCACCUAUGGCGCUGGCAUCGGUUACGGCUGUGUGGUGGAUAUUGGUGCUCAGAAGACCUCUAUUGCCUGCAUCGAGGAUGGAAUUUCGCAGAUGGACGCGAGAGUGAGGCUUAAUUACGGCGGCGGGGACCUCGACCAGGUGCUGCUUAUGCUGCUGCGCAAGUGCGGCUUCCCCUAUCGCGAGUGCAAUGUCCAGGACAGCUAUGUGGAUGCCCAUCUUCUAGACGAGCUGAAGGAGAAGUUCUGCCAUUUGAAUGCCAGUGUUUGUGGCGCUCAGGAGAAGCACUUCAAUCUGCGUAAGCAGAACGGCCAAUGGCUGAGAUACACGCUCCAAGUGGGCGACGAGGCCAUCAUGGCACCUCUGGCCCUCUUCCACACUGAACUGCUGAACAUCACAGGCCGCACGAGAGCAGUGUGCACGCAACAGGCACCCCAGGAACAGUACGACUGCGAAGACUGCUUCGAUGCCGAGUACCUGAAGGAAACGGGCAGAAAGAACGGUGUCCGGGCUGGCGACUCUACAUUGCCGGGAGCUCCGGGUCCGAACCCCUCGGUGCCGCGUCCACCCCAACUGCCUGUGACCGCCGAUGAUGAGGAGCUGAUCGUUGUAGACCAAGACGAAAGCAACUGCAACUCCCAACCGCAACAGCAGCCUCAACAGCAACAGUCCUCGGCAGUGCAACCCAACAACGAGAACCAGGACUGCUUCCACAACAGUCUGGGUCAGGUGUUGCCCCUGGAUCAGGCCAUAAUCCAAGCAAUCAACAGGCUACCCAACUACGAAACCAAACGUAAGAUGUUUAACUCCAUACUGCUCGUAGGCAGCAGCGCCAAGUUGCCGGGGCUGCCGGCCUGGCUGGAGCAUCGGAUUAGCCAACAGAUGCUGCCCAGCGGCAUUGAGGUGAAUGUCUUCAUCAAGGGCAUGGACGCCGGCAUGGUGGCGUGGAAGGGAGCAGCCAUUAUGUCCGUGCUGGAGAGCGCCCGGGAGCUGUGGAUAUCGCAGCACGACUGGCAUAAAUAUGGACUGCGAAUACUCAGGGAGAGAUCACCCUUUCUCUGGUGAGUGAAAGACUCCAUCUCCUCCUCCAGCUAGAUAGGAAUAUCGAAUAUUUUUAGGGAAUUUGUAAAUUAUUCUUCAGAAUUUUAAAUGGCAAAGUACAAG